UCUCUACAUCCAGAGAGCAACAGCAGGAAGAUCACAGACCUAAGAGAUCUCACCACUGCCCACAUUGUAAGGAGAGUUUCACAAUUCUAUCGAAGUUAAAAAUACACCUAAAAAUACACACAGGAGAGAAUCUGUAUUCCUGUACUGACUGUGGGAAGAAUUUCACAACAUUAAAGGUUCUGACAGUUCAUCAGAGAGUGCAUGAACGGAUACACACAGGAGAGAAGACUUACUCCUGCCAUAAUUGUGUUAAAUGCUUCACAUCAUCAACUGAGCUAAAAAUUCAUCAGAGAUCACACACAGGAGAGAAGCCUUACUUCUGCUCUGACUGUGGGGCUAGUUUCUCUCGACUGGGCAACUUAAAAACACAUGAACGUAUGCAUACAGGAGUGAAGCCUUACUCCUGCUCUGACUGUGGAAAGAGUUUCUCUCGACUAGGCCACCUAAAAACACAUAAACGUAUACAUACAGGAGAGAAGCCUUACUUCUGCUCUGACUGUUUAAAAUGCUUCACAACAUCAACUGAGCUAAAAGUUCAUCAGAGAAUACACACAGGAGAGAAGCCUUACUCCUGCUCUGAUUGUGUAAAAUGCUUCACAACAUACUCUGGGCUUGAAGGUCAUCGGAGAACACACACAGGAGAGAAGCCUUACACCUGCUCUAAUUGUGUAAAAUGCUUCACAUCAUCAACUAAGCUAAAAAUUCACCAGAGAACACACACAGGAGAGAAGCCUUACUUAUGCUCUGACUGUGGGGCGAGGUUCUCUCGACUGGGCCACCUAAACACACAUGAACGUAUACAUACAAGAGAGAAGCCUUACUCCUGCUCCGACUGUGGAAAGGGUUUCUCUCGACUGGGCAACUUAAAAACACAUGAACGUAUACAUACAGGAGAGAAGCCUUACUCCUGCUCUGACUGUGUUAAAUGCUUCACAACAUCAACUGAGCUAAAAGGUCAUCAGAGAACACACACAGGAGAGAAGCCUUACUCCUGCUCUGAUUGUGUAAAAUGCUUCACAACAUACUCUGGGCUAAUAGGUCAUCAGAGAACACACACAGGAGAGAAGCCUUUCUCCUGCUCUGACUGUGUAUGCAUACGUUCAUGACUGGGAAAAGUUACUCUCGACUGGGCCACUUAAAAACACAUGAACGUAUGCAUAAAGGAGAGAAGCCUUACUACUUAUUUGACUGUGGAAAGAGUUUCUCUCGAAUGGGCCAGUUAAGAUUAAAGUCACUCCAUCACUUAAGUCUCGUAAAAGAAGUGAUAACAGUGAACUGGAUCAAAUGAAGAAAGUGUAGAACACUAUUGUAAUCCUAUUGUUUUUCACUGUGAGAGAACUGUACAGAGGAAAGGGAGCGUUUAUAGAAUGUUAGCUUCUCUUUACUUCACUGAUCAGUGUGCACCUUGUCAGUUUUGGUGUGUUUUGUUAGCUUCUACUGUAAAGAUAUUGAGAUGACCUUGGAUUUGCCCUUAGGGUUGAA